AUGUUGUCCGCAACAUCAUACCGAAUGCGCUACGCUCAUUCAGAGGCGAAACCGGAUGCGCCUGCAAAGCAAGAUCUCCCUUCCGCUGCCCCAGCUGGUACAGUGUUCACAGGUCUUUCUAUCUACAAGGACAAGCCGGACCCCGUGGCACGACCUGAUAACGAAUACCCAUCUUGGCUUUGGGACUUGUUGGAAGACCCAGCAGUGAAGCCAAAGAAGGCAUUGAUGGUGGGUGAUGUGGAUACCACAGGCAUGUCGAAAGGUGAGGCCCGUGUCGCCUUGAAGCGGGCAGCGAAAAUGGCGCGUGCCGCUGCGCGGAAACAGGCCGCAGAAGAGGCGAAAGAAAAGGCACGAUGGGAAAGAAUGACCGAUGCGCAACGUGCAGCUGUGACUGCUCGCGCCAAGGCGGAAAAAGAUGACAAGCCCAAAACUGCAACGCAGAUGUUUGAGCAAGAGCGGACCAAGCGACGCGAACUUCGCAAAGCGAAUCGCGCAGCCAUUAAGGCAAGCAACUUUGUGCGUUCGGCAUAA